AUGUUCGCACCAAUCGCCGAGGCAGGCAAGAAACGGUCCGCGGACGGGGGGGGGCCGACCGGCCCGAGCCCGGAAGAGGACGUGGGCGCGGCCGUGGUGCCAGCCGACAUCCGGCGUUUCCAGAGGGAAAUGGCGAAAUUGUUGAUGCACCACGAAGAUUUCUGCCGCUCGGGGUCGCGCGACGACAACUUCGUGUUGUCACUGGUGACGGGGGCGCCCAUCCAGGUGGCGCUCGACAACGGGGCCAAGGAUUACGGGAAGACGGGGAAGGAGGCGAGGGAGGCGGCGCCCGACCUGGCAUCGUACAAGGGGCAUCCGAAGGGGAAGCGCCCCGAUUGUUUUCUGCGCAUGGUGUUGUUCCGGAUGGGGGAGGCUUGCGAGGCCAAGUUGGAGCGAGUCCGCGUGGCCAUCCAGCAGGGCGAGGACCCCGCGGCAGCCCUGGAGGCGUUGAAGGUGCUCCAGACGUACGCGGGCCGUGUCCAGGACCCAGCGUUCCACUUCAUAUCCACGCGGUGCUUCCACGUGCAGGCGACGGAGGGGGAGGAGGGGGAGGAGAAGGAGGUCACGAAGUGGAUUUUUGCAUGCAACCAUCACCCGGACCUCCGAGGGGCACUUCACACCCUCCGCGUGAACGGCGGCUUGUCCGGAGCCAACCUGGUGCUGACGUACGACCAGGCGCCGCGUUGCAAGCAAGCCAAGUUGGUGGAGAAGCUGGCUUUCAAGAGCCAGGGCGGCGCGUCCGGGUUGGCAGGCGCGGCCGGGAGGCCCAAGAAGCCGAAGAAGGCAUAG